AUGGUAGCAGCCGUUCGCAAGUGGACUGCUGUCAUCAUGAGGUGUCCGCAAGAGUUUGAUGUGGGCCGCAGGGUGACACCGACUACUGCUGCGCCGGUGGGAGUGCAGGUGUCUCGUUCUCUGCGUCAUGUAUUCGCGGGCAGGUCUGCUGGAACCUUACACAGCCGAGCAGACCCUCUUAUCAGGUACAUCGCGUGGGCCGACAGGCAGACCGUCGCGGCGUUUCCAUUCUCGGAAGAGAGCCUCUAUGCCUUUGCUUGUGAGUGCGAGGGCAAAUGUGCACCCAGCUUCCUCAAGAGUUUGAUGAGCGGCAUUAGUUUUUGCUUUCACAUCCUUGGAGCUGGUAGUGCUCAGGAGGCCAUGAACAGCAAGCGCUUGGUGGGGGUGGCAAAGGCUUGCUACCUCACCAAGCGAAAGAGGUUUCAGCGGCCCCCGCUUACCACAGAGAUGGUGCUUCGUCUUGAGAGGUUGGUCGUCUCUUCCAGUGGUGACAAGGUUGAUCGCUUUAUAGCAGGAUUUUUCUUGCUGUCAGUGUAUAUGCGGGGUCGGUACUCCGACACGCAGAACAUGUGCAACAUUUUCGAGGAUCGCCCCAGUCCUGAUCCUACUGGUCUUGGAGGAUAUUUGCAAGCCGAUGUGGCUAGGACUAAGACUGCUUACACAACGGAACGAAAGACCCAGUUGCUGCCCAUGGUGGCACCCAGGCAUGGAUUGUCAGAUGAGGACUGGUUCACUGCGUGGUCACAGGUCCGCAAGGAUCUUAAGGUGCCCAUCGGCGAGGGCAAGCCAGUGCUCCCGGCAAUUUUGACAACGGGUCACUGGGCGGGCCAUCCGCCUAGCGCGUCGGCGACUUGCCUAUCGUGGUGUGCCCGCUUCGGGAUAGACAGCUACGACCAGAGAGUGCUCGGAUUUCAUACGGUGUACAGCAGAGACGCCGUGUCCUCCUCAGUCCGAGUCUUAGAGGGCGUGCUUUCGCGGAUACGGAAGUUGGAGUUCGCUCCAGACAACACCCGAUCGGGGUAUUUUCCUACUGCGGAUGGCGCGGACGCCGGCUACGAUGUUGAGGGAUCGGGCUCAGAGGCGUCGCUUGACGAGGAGGAGGACGAGGCUGAUUGUGAGCAGUUGGAGCUAGCCUUGGACAGUGUCGCGGAUGAUUGGGCCGAGGAGAUACCCAAGAAGCCACUGAGGGCUGAACAACUUGUUCGCAAUCGUGCAUCUCGGAUGUUACAUGUCAUUGCCGAUGAGAGUGGCAACGUUUUGACAUGUGGAAGGGCUUGCACCAGGAACUAUGAGAGGGUCGCGGCCGUGCCCUCCUUCUUGUAUCCAGUGUGCGGUCGAUGCUUCGCUGCGGUGCAGCGGGAGCCUGAAGGAUCUCCAAAUGCUGCCUCGUCACAGCCGCCUGGGGGAGAUUGA